AUGACCUCGUGAUGUAUUUCCGCUUAUUUUAUUACCAUGGAAGUAUAUAUAGCACGUUAUAUUUGCUGUAUAGCAUGUGAAUAGAUGGUGCAGUUCUAUAGAAAGUACGUUUAUCUCUGCGUUAGUCUAUCGUUGAUGCUUAUUUGUUUAUCGUUGACGGAAAAUGGGAAUCAAGCAUCUAUUAGUAUAAGCAAUGAUGGGUUGAGUGCAGGGUAUCAAUUUCCAGUCAUGCGAGGGAAGAGUAACAGCAAUGAAGCAAAGCCUCUUCGGGUUGGAUUUCUUGGUGUGGAAAAAUGCGGAACACAAGCGUUGUUUGAAUUUGCAAGACAACAUCCUUAUAUUUACUUUCUCACCGGGGAACAUAUUUGUAAACAUCCAUCUAACUUCAAGGACGAAUCAGCAAGUUUCAGGGACAAAUACAAGGUGAUUGCUUUCCGAGAUAACAGUUGUUGGAAAAAUCCUUCAGCAUUUGAUCGACACGUCAGUCUUCGUCCGCAUAAGAUUGUCAUCUUGCUUUGUGAUCCGGUGUUCAGGGCUUUCUCAAUGUAUAUGCAUCAUGUCGACUUUAAUCCGAAAGAUCGUGAAUACGGCAGUUUUGAUCAGUGUGUGUCCAACGAAAUAAACUACUUGGAUGGAAUAAAACUAAGAAUAUUACAAGGCAAGACGGUGAAGGGGAGCAAACGAAAAAGUAGCUUUGCUGAUUUUGUAAGCAAUGUACACGGAGGACCUUUGCCCAUAGUCAGCCUUGGUAUAUAUUCAUUGAGAUUAGGCGAAUUUCUCAAACGAUAUCAACGAAAAGAUGUCCUAAUUUUAAGUGGGGAGACUCUGUUGAAAGACCCUGGUUCUCUUAUGCUUGAAUUGCAAAGCUUUUUGGGCCUACAUCCUUACAUUACUCCUAAAAGCUUUUACGUAAACGCAAGCACAAAUCUGCACUGCAUGAAUUCGGUAUCUAAUCAGCGGGUCUGUCUGUAUAAAAAGAAAUCUCGCACAAGGGGUGAAAACAAACCAACCCCUGAGCCCACAGUCGUUGAAAAACUUAGUGAAUUCUAUCGACCUUUCAAUAAGCAGUUAUACGCCACCCUUAACCAGACAUUUGAUUGGGUUUGA